CUAUGACGUAAUGAAAUUUCUUAACCUUAAAAAAUAUCAGAAAAUAUCGAAAUAGUUUUAACACAGUUACCUCUCUUCUACGCAUCUUUAAUUAUCAUUUUGUUUCAAUCUUGGUGUGUGACGGAUAAAGCGCUGUUUUUGAUCUAAUGGGUAAGCCGAGAGAUGUAAGUACGGAAGAGGAGAUCAAUUUAGAUACAAAUGAUGUCUCGCCGCAGAAAAGACAUAAAAAACAUAAACAUAAAAAGCACAAGAAAAAAAAACUCAUUCACGAUGACAGCGAUGCCUUUGUAGAAAUCUCAACCGAUGCUGAUCGAAAGAAAAGCUUUCGAAUAAAAAUGAAAAAAGAAGAUGAACGGAGUUUGGAUAAACGUGAAAAAAUAUUAAAAACAUGUGGUUUGAAUACAGCUGCAAUAAAUACGCCUUCUCCAAAAGCAACUGCAAAAAAAAAAAUUCCAAAAAGUAACAAAGGUAAAGAUAGUGGAACUAGCAGCGAAGAAGAAAGAUGGCUUGACGCUAUUGAAUCUGGUAAACUGGAAGAGGUUGAUGACGAAUUGAAGAAAAUUAAACCAAAAGAUCCAAAGUUAAUGACAGCACGACAAAGAGCAAUGUUUGAAAGAAAGACUGAUACAGAGCCAAAUCCAGGUGUUGAACAACUCAUGUCGUUACCUACUGGUUACAAAGAAAAAGUCAUGACUGCCGAAGCUAUACAGAAGGCUGCUCUAAAGUCUCAGAAACGGAAACAACUUGCUGAUGAAAAGAGAGAAAAAGAUAAGAAAAAGACAAUGGAAAGGUUGCUUAAAAAGCAAGAAUCUAAAGCAUCUAAAGUUAUUAGUAAGGGAAGAUUAUCUAAACGACAAGUACCAUUAGUGACAUAUCGCUUAACGAUUGAAGGAAGUUCUAUAUCUUUACCUCCUGGUGAAAAUUUUCCACUUUCUUCUGCCAAAGAGAAAAGUCCACCAAAACAAAUCCUUUGCGGGGUAAAGCAAUGUAAAAAUCCUAAAAGAUAUUCAUGUUCGAAAACCGGAAUACCAUUGUGCAGUUUAAAGUGUUACAAAGCCAAUCUCCUUUUAACUAGGUGAACUAGAUGUACAAAUAAUACAAACUUUUUCCCAUAAAUUUUAGUAU